AUGAAAAAAAAAAAAAAAAAAAAAAGCAUAAUAGGCCGUUAAUAAACCAUUUUAGAUGAAAAAAAUAUUCAAGCAAGAUUUUCAGAUGUAAUAGGAAUAGAUGAGUUUAAAGAAGAAUUAUUAGAAUUAGUUGAUUAUUUAAAAAACCCAAAAAAAUAUCAUGAUGCUGGAGCAAAACUUCCUAAGGGUAUACUUUUAGUAGGAUAACCUGGGACAGGAAAAACUCUAUUAGCAAGAGCAUUAGCAGGAGAAGCUGGUUGUUCAUUUUUUUACAAAAACGGUUCUGAAUUUGAUGAGAUGUUUGUAGGUGUUGGAGCUAUGAGGAUAAGAGAGUUAUUCAAAAAAGCUCGUGAAAAAGCUCCUUCUAUAAUAUUUAUUGAUGAAAUAGAUUCAGUAGCAGGCCGAAGAAACGCAUCUGAUCCUUCUCAUUCUCGAGAUACUGUGAAUUAAAUAUUAGCAGAGAUGGACGGAUUUAAGUAAACAGAUAAUGUGAUUGUAAUAGGAGCUACAAAUAUGGAAUAGUCUAUAGACGAUGCUAUUAAAAGGCCUGGAAGAUUUGAUAAAAUAAUACACGUUCCUUUGCCAGAUAUAAAAGGUCAAAAUCAUGUAAGCGCAAAAGAAUUAGCUAGACAAACUAGUGGAUUUAGUGGAGCUGAUAUUCAAAAUAUGGUUAACAUAUCGAUUUUAAACGCUAUAAAAAAUCAUAGAAAUUUUGCUAAUAUAAAAGAUUUUGAUUUUGCAUUAGAUAGAAUUGCGAUGGGAAUAGGUAGAAAAAACAUGUUUAUUACUGAUAAAGAUAAAUAUUUGACUGCUAUUCACGAAGGUGGGCAUACUGUUGCUGCUCUUUUUACUUAAGGAGCUACUCCUUUGCAUAAAGUCACGAUUUUACCAAGAGGAGGAGCUCUUGGAUUUACUUCUAUGAUACUUGAAACUGACCGUCAUAAUUAUACUAAAAAAAAUAUGAUUGCUAUGAUUGAUGUUGCAAUGGGAGGAAGAGCUGCCGAGGACUUAUUUUUGGGAAAUGAUUAAAUAACUACUGGAUGUAAUAAUGAUUUAGCUAAAGCUACUGAAAUUGCUUAUUAGUAUGUUAAGUAAUUAGGGAUGGAUUAAGACUUUACGCUUCUUUCAGAAUCAAAUAAUAUUUAAACAUCUAAUUAAUAUAAUUAUUUAAUUGAUAAAGAAGUUUAAAAAAUUCUUAAAGAAUCCUAUGAUAGAGUUAAAGGCUUAUUAUAAUAAAAAGAAAAAGGAUUAAAACAAUUGGCUAAUGAAUUAAUUGCCAAAGAAACUUUGACGUAUGAAGAAUGCAAUUUAAACCCUGGACUUACUGAUUUCAUAAAAGAAUGUGGUUUAAUAAGCUGCUAAAAUAAUUAUAAUAUUGUAUCAAUUAUUGGAGCUUAAAAUUCAGGUAAAUCAACACUUCUAAAUCGAGUAUUUGGUACCUAAUUUGAAGUUUUAUAAAGCAAAAGCAAGUAAUAAACAACUAAAGGGAUAUGGGUUUCUAGAGAUAAAGAAUAAAAUGUAAUGAUAUUAGAUGUUGAAGGUUCUAACAGUCGUUAAAGAGGAAAAGGUGAGAAAGGUAGUGGAUUUUUCGAAAAAUCAACUGCCUUAUUUGCCCUUGCUUUUUCAUAAGUUUUGAUUUUGAAUUUUAACACAUUAAACUUAGGACACGAAUCAGAGUUUUCAAUCAUAAAAGUUAUAAUGGAAAUGAAUUUGAGACUUUUUAAAAGUGAUUAAGUUAAGUAAAUAUUGAUUGUUUUUAGAGAUUUUAAUGAUGAAUAAGAUGAUUUUGAUAUAUUUUGCAAAGAUAUAAGAAAGGAAAUCAAAGAAAUAUGGAAGGAAAUAAAUAAACCUAAAGAACUAGAAGAAUUAGAACCGGAUGCCCUUUUUAAAAUAAAUUUUUAUAAAUGUGCUAAUUUUUAAAAUAAAAAAUUAAAAUAAUUUUUUUUAUUUUUAAUAAAAAUAUAAAAAAUAGAUUUGAAGAAGAUAUGUAAGAUUUACGUGAUUUAUUUGUAAACAAAUAAAACUAAUAAAAUAUAUUCUAAGACUAUAAUUAUUAAACAAACUUGCCAAUAGAGGCUAUAGAAGACUUAUCGGAAAGUUUAUGGAAGACAAUAAAAAAUAAUGAAGACUUACAUCUUCCGAAUUCAAAAUUAUAAGCGUCUUAAAUACGAUGUUUUAAAAUAAAAGAUCAAUCGAUUUAAUUAGUAGCUUAAAAAAUGGAACAACUACAAUAAGAUAUAAAUAAUGACUGCGCAGAUGCUUUCGGUUAAAGAGCUAGAGAUAUAGUAAAUCCAGCUUUACAAUUUUAUGAAAGCGAAUCAUAAUUUUAUAAUCCUUAAAUAAGAGAUGAAAUGAGAUAAAAUUUAUUUAAUGAUUUGAUUUCAAGAAUAAAGGAUCUUUUUUAAAGACAAAUAAAUAAAUUAUAAUCAAAAUUUUAAAAAGAUAUUCAGAAAGAAAUUCAAGAAUUAUAAAAUGAACGAAACUUUAUUGAAAUUAUGUAAAAAUUGAUUAAUAUAAAAGGAGCUUUCUCUAAUAAAAUAUUCAGUAUUUUACAUAAUUGCAUACCUUUCGAUUAAUAAAAAUAAGAUUGGGAAAUUAACAAAAUCUAAGAAUAGUUAGAAGAUAUUCUUGAAAAUUAAUUAAAAUAAUAAAAAAAUAUCGAAUUGAUUCAAUAUAUUAAUUAAAAACUUAACUUUGUCAAAUAAGAAGUUGACUAAAUUGUUAGUGAAUAAUUUGAUUCUUUAGAAAAUAAUUUUUGGCAAAAUUUAUAAACUUCUCAUAAUUUAUAACAAAAUAUGAUAUUUUAAAAAAUUAAAAAUGAAGUUUCUCCAUAUUAUGAAGAUAUCAUUAUUAAUAGAGAAGUCAAAAAACUUCAAGAUUAAAUAUUUAACGUUUUUAAAGAUGAAAUUAAAAAGAAAAUAAGAGACUUACAUUAUUAUUUACUUAAAAAGUAAAAAAAAAGUUAUAUUUUAUUAUAAUUUUUUUUAAUAAAUAGAUUCAAAUAAUUUUUCUAAAAAGACGAAAAAGAAAUGACCAGAAAAUGGAAAUUAUUAGAUGAAAAAGUUAUUGAAGAUCUCUUUAUUGAUUCGAGAUAAAAAGUUAUUGUUUUAUUAAAAAUGUUUAGUAAACUUUAAUUAUUUGAAAAAGAUCCUCUUCCUGAAGAAGCUUAAGAAUAAUUGAUUGAUGCAGCUUAAUUAAAUAAAUUUGAAGUUCAAUUCAAAGAAAAAUCAGAAGAAGAAUAUAGAGAAGCCAUAAGAUAAAAAAAUGAAGUUUCAGCUUCAGGAAUACCUAAAUGGAUGUGGGUUUUGUUAAUAUUUUUUAUGUAUGAUGAUGUUUUCAGAUGGCUUUCGAAUCCUAUAUUAUUAUAUCCAAUAUUAUUAUUUGCUUCUUUUAUAGGAAUGUGUAUUUCUGCAG